AUGCCCCUCGAGGGUUGGGGGGUGGUGGGGGCUGGGGCUGGCAGCGGCGGCGCGUGCCCUGCCAAGCGCGGGGACGAGCAGAGGCGCACGCUGCCUCCGAGCAUCCCUGCCCGCCAGCCACGCGCCUCUGCUGCGCCUCUGCUCCCGCUGUCCCUCCUGUGCUACCCCAGCGGCAGAGCGGAGACGGGACUCACUCCCGAGGCCAAUAAGUUGGUAAGCAGCUUGAAAAACAUGCCACAGCUGCAUGACGAAGCGUACGCCCAGGAAAAAAGGCUGUACGACUGCCAUGAGUAUCCAGAUAAGACACUGGUGCUCCCCACCUCUAAGCAAAACAAAAGAAUUAUCUACACAAUCCUGGAGCUCUCACCAUUGCUUGAUUCUUCCAACAUGACUCCAGAGGACUGGGCCAAAAUUGCAAGGAAACUUGAGGAGCACUAUGAAAAGUACGACGGCUUUGUGAUUCUUCAUGGUACUGAUACAAUGGCCUAUACAGCGUCAGCCUUAUCCUUCAUGUUUGAGAAUCUGGGCAAAACUGUGGUUAUGACAGGAUCUCAGGUGCCCCUGUAUGAGUUGAGGAACGAUGGCCGAGCCAACCUACUGGGAGCCCUGCUCUUUGCUGGGCAGUUCGUGAUUCCUGAGGUGUGCCUGUAUUUUUAUAAUAAACUGUACAGGGGAAAUCGGGUGACUAAGGUGGAUGCUGGGAGUUUCAAUGCCUUUUCCUCACCUAACCUGCCUCCACUUGCAAAUGCUGAGGUUGAUAUUAAAAUAAAUUGGGACACAGUGUGGAGAGCCAACACCAAAAAGAGAUUUCGAGUUCACACCAAUAUGAACAGGAACGUUGGGCUUCUGCGAAUCUUCCCCGGAAUCACCGCAGCUGCUGUAAAAGCAUUUCUUCAGCCUCCAAUUGAGGGCAUCGUACUUGAAACUUACGGAAGUGGCAAUGCCCCAAAUAACAGGGCAGACUUGCUGCAAGAACUGAAGAAAGCGACUGAGCGCGAAGUGGUGAUUCUGAACUGCACCCAGUGCUUACGGGGGUCUGUUACAACAGUCUAUGCUACGGGGCAGACUCUCGCUGAUGUUGGAAUAAUUCCUGGAGGAGAUAUGACACCAGAGGCAGCCCUAGCUAAACUAUCAUACACGCUCAGCAAGUGUGAACUUACCUGGGAGGAGAAGAGGCAGAUGCUGAGUGAGAAUCUAAGAGGAGAAAUGACUGUUGUACCCACAGGAGACAAGAUCUCUCUGAGAGAUAGCAAGUUUAUUCAAGUGAUUGCCAAAUCUCUGAGUAUCAGCUGCAAGGAGGAGUUAGAAGCCGUAAGAGAUGCAUUGCUUCCACCUUUGGCUUGUGCUGCAGCUAAGCUGGGUGACAUAGAUGCUCUAAGAGCCAUAAAAGAAAUGGGUGGAAAUCUGAGCUGUGAAGACUACGAUGGCCGAACACCACUUCAUAUUGCAGCCUCUGAAGGGCAUUUACCACUAGUGGAGUAUUUGUUGAUGUCUGGUGCCACUGUUUAUGCUAGAGACAGAUAUGGAUCUACCCCACUGACGAAUGCAAUCCAGUUCAGACGCAUGGAGGUGAUUAAUUUACUACGAGAAACUGGAGCUCACCUUUCAAGCCAUGACUUGGAGAACACUGGAACAAUACUCUGCAGCCUUGCCGCUAAAGGUGAUGUGGAGGGGCUGUAUGCCUGGUACCAAGCCGGGGCAGACCUGCAGCAAGCUGGCUAUGAUGGCAAGAAUGCCCUCCAAGUAGCAAAGGCUACAGGGCAUACGAAGGUUCUUGACUUCUUUAGACAUUAG